AUGGCCCGGUCAACAAGCCAAGCAUACAAGCACUUCCAGCGCGCUCUGGCGCUGUGGCCGAAAGACAACCUCCGCCCCGAAGUCCAGUUCCCCGAGUUCGCCGCCCGCGGCCUCGAGAGGAGGUUUGCCAACCCCGCCGUCGACGAGUUGAGCGAGCUGAAGCAGGCCAACGCCCUGUACGCCCUGGCCGACGACAGGUUCAAGAAGCAGUUUCCCUUGAAUGGCGAGCUGCUGCAGCCCAAGAGCCAGCCCACAUACUUCAAUGAUUUGCUGAGAGAGCUGGAGGAGGCCCCCACGAGAGGCUGGCUGCAGAACAUGUCCAAGAAGCUCAGCGGCAUGUUCAGAUUCCAGUAA